AAGAUUCCUAUCACCGGAUGUUGAUUUUUAAUGGCGGUCGGUGGUCGUUGCAUUGAAUGCUGCAGUCAUGUCACAAAAAUUUAAACGACCAUCUUCUGCAAGAAGGCACAUAAAACUUGAUACGUUUUCAUCUUUUGUCAGUGGAUCCAGGUUAAGAACAGUACAGGAGUUACUGAAGUCUGAGGAACAUGACAACAAGCCUGAUGCGAUUCUUUGUAUUGCAGGAAUAGACAGUCGUUAUCAUGAAGGAAGCACAGAGUUCAUCGAUUACUUAUUAUUUGGAUUCUUUGAACGUAGAAAGGCAGAGCUUGAACAGUCUGGCUUUGAUGAAGAAGUUAUUGAUGACAUUGUAGAUCAAAUUAACUUGAUAUUGCUGAUUAGAAGACAUGAAGUGGACAUAUAUUGUAACCCUAUCAAUUACCACUACCUCUUACCAUAUGUGGCACAUUGGAGAAACCUACGAUUCCAUUGUUUGUCAGAUUCAGAGUAUGAAGAUGAAGAGGCGGCAGAAGAAUUUAAAAUCCAGUCCUUCAUUGCCAUGGUACAGGGUGUGAGGAAAGUUGGUAUUCCUCAUAAUGUGUUGGGGCAUCCUGCUAAAUUUGAUCACAUGAUGAUUGAGAAAUGGCCAAUCAUCCAAGCAUAUGCAUUAGAGGAUUAUAAAGGAGGAGGAUUCUUCACAUUGCAGUAUGAGGUGGUUGACAUUGGACCACUACUCUCUGACAUAUACAGUCUGAUGGAUCCUUGUGCCUUGGAAGUGCUCCUCACAGAGCAAAUGACCCAGUUUGAAAGACAAUGGCAGACCUUGAUAGAUAAUCUGAACAUCAACAUAUCAACUGGUAUAGGCAGACUCACAGAGAAUAAAGUGUGUGAGCCACUCUGGAGUUAUUUUAAACAUGGAAAAGUAGCAUCCCAAGAAACUAACACCAUAGAAAGACAGAGACAACCAUUUGUUUUGUGUGGAACAAACAGUCGACGCAUCAUACUGGAUGAUGUCCGGCGCUGCAAAACAUCAGUUAAUUCGGAAAUCUCUCAAUGUGGCAUCAACGAUGGACCUCCAAAGUUUAUGGUGUGUCAUGGGAUAUCUCCAAGAGGUCCACUUUGUUGCACAAGAACAUAUUUCUUUAACAGCGAGGAGAACCAGCUUGGUGCUAAAACCACGCAGCCAAAUAAAGUAGAGGGCAAUAGCCCAGCAGAUGUUGGAACGACCAAGGAAGACCAAGAUAAAAAAAUGCUGGUCGAUAUGUAUUCCAUAAUGAUUGACAGUGUGCUAGAGGGAAUUAAACAGUAUUCAAAGACACUCAGUGUGCACAAGACUCGUGCCAGAGUGGUGGAUCAGAUUUGUGAGGGGUGUAAGGCCUACCCUGUUCUUACCAAAUAUAUUCAGAGAAGAUCAGAUAUUGUGUUCACUUUGGAAGCUUAUGAUCAGGAUGGCAGGAGUCAACCAGUGGAGGAGGGAAGUCGUAGCCUCUUGUUGAAGUCAGCUGGUGUUUGUCUCUAUGAUGUACCCAGUACACUCAUUCCAGGGAAAACGCUGGGCUCUCUUGUUUUCUCUGAAAUUUUCCAGGACUCGGUCAUCUCUGUACAGAAAGAAGAUGGGACUCUAGAACUUAGUGGAGAGAGCUUAAUUCUAACUUCCAUCAUACCUAGGUACAGGAGCUGGCCACUUGCUAGUAAGGUGGAGCCCACUGGAUUUCUACAUAACCUUACAAAGUAUGGCCGCCUCUUGUGUCCAGGAGAAACGUUUAGAGUUUGUACAGAUCAAAGUCUCACACUGCCAGCCACUGAGGUGGAACUCUUUGCCUACGAGGCUGCCAUAGUCCUUGUCUUUCAGAGAGCCAACAUUUUGCUUCUGGAUAAAGAUAAUAUUAAAUCAAUGCAGAUGUAUGUUGGAGAAUCUUCAGAUGCUAUUUCUGUACUUAUGGUGGAAGUUUUCUCAUCCACAAGUAUCCCAGCAUUCCUUCAGUCAGAGAACCAUAUUCUGUACAUCUCAAUGUUCCCGAAGUCUAAAGCCAAAUUAACUCUUUUCCAAGAGGUAUUACCUGAGUGGAAGUCACAUGACAGUUUGCCACAUGUGGACCCCACAGAGAGCAUCCCAGAAUCCUUCCAACAAAUUGCCAAGCAAUUACAACUAGAAUUUGACAGCGAGCAUCAUCCAACGACAGCUUAUCAUCACAUCAGAGGAAAAUUCUCUAAUCUCGACAGAUUCAUGACUCAUUUUAGUGUUAGUAAUGUGACCUCACUUCCUAUAACAUCAUUACCCAUCAUGCUUCAGGAGGCUGAAGAUGUGGGAACUAGUCUAGAGGAAGACAGGGUAACCAACGAAACAUUCCAUGGGAUUACUGUGACAGUGAUCGGGGGAAUUCCAGGAAGCCAUAAAGAACAGCUGUGUGACACAUUACUGUAUCUCACAGAAGGUCACAUCAGAUGGACAGUAUUGAGGCAAGGAACUGGGGACACAAAAUCCCUAAUCAACGGUGAAUUACAGAACACACUGUCUAAAAUGUGGAAUUCAAUGAGAAGACGACUCAGUUCAUCGGAGACCAGUAAUAGACUUCUCCUUGUCACUCCAGGGUUUACUGAUAUAAUAGAUGUGUUAUGUGCCAUUUUGAAUCAUUCCAAUCCAGAUGUACAGCAGCAUGUCCGUAUUGGGUCUGUUACGGUUUGCAUUGAUCCCUUCAUUUCAUUCAUGGAACACAGGAUAACAUUCCCAAACCUACUGAACCAGUGUGCUCAAGGCUUUGUCAACAACAUUCUGAUUACCUCAGCUACCUCCAUACAACAGAACUCUAGUCUAGAAGAAAUCCAGACCUUGUUACGCAGUGUCAAUCCUGAUGUCACUUUCUUCCUUGCCGAAAAGGGAAAUGUGAAAAGGAGCAUGGAUGUAGAUGCCAUUUUGUCCGAAACAGCUUUUAUGGAGAACAAAAAAGUGAGAGCUAGAGAAAUGCUUUGUCCAGGAUGGUCUCAGGGACUGUACAAGACACCUCCUCUCUCAUUUACCAUGCAGGACACAGAACUGACCUUCUCACAACCCCUAGUGAGGAAUGUCUUCAUCAACAAACUCAGGGGACUGAAAAGCCAGUUGACUCACUAUCCAUUCUCAGGAAACAUCUUUUUGGUGCAAGGAUAUGUGUCCUUUACAGAUUCGGAGGAGUUAAUGGAUGUUCUGUACAAUGUGAAAUCUGACCACUUGGCAGUGACCAAACACAUGGACAAGCCCAACAUUAAUGGUGAUGGUCAUCAUCUUUCUCGUAAUAAGUACUGCUUGGUGUUCACUGGACCCAAGUUACAGGUCAACCAGAUCAAAGACUGGCUUAGGACUUGUGGAAGACAAAAACCAGAGCUGAAGAAACCAAUAACAAAAAAAGACCUGACAAAAGAGGAAAUCAAAAAGAUUCAUAAACAGCACCAUUUGGACCCUUUGCCAGCUGGAUGGUUCUACAAUGGAACACAAUUUGUCAGUUUUGAUGGAGAAAAACAGGAUCUUCAUCCAAGUCUGGAGACAUUUAUCCAAGAAUACAUUGACAGCAAGAACAAAGAAAUACAAGAAUACAAUGACACAGUGAGAAAGAAUGCCAGCCAGUAUGUUGAUCUGUUUGCCUGAAUUAAGGACUUCAAAUGUUUCACUUACUUUGCAUUGUUUGACUAUUACCAAUUGAGUUCAUUCCCCAUUGUCUGGAAGAAUGUGAUGGAAGACUGAGAUCUGUUAAGUUAUUGUUGACUGAUUCUGGUGUUGUUUCUGAAUUUUCUUCAUAAAUGGAAUUCUGUAAGAUUUGAUUCCAUGUUCAUUGUGUGUUUACUUAUUGACAUUAAAGUAUUUGAGUGCUAUAAGAAAAAUUUCAGACAUACAUGUUUUCAGUGUUAUUUCAAUUAAGGUAUUCUUUUUUGUGACUCAGUCCACGUGCUUAUUAAGAAAUCCGUUGAUGUUUAUGCAUUUAAUGCUAAGAUUGUUACUGCUUUGUGUUACAAUAUGCAACUGUGCAAAAACCAGAAGUGUUUCUAGGUUUUCUAGAUUUUUUUUUAUAAAAAUUAGUGAUACUGCUUAAUAAAUUGCUUUUUUGUAAUUUAAAUAUCACAACGUUGUAUAGAUAAGUACAUCCGUCCAAUCUAUAUACAAGAAUAUUCAUCCAAAAAGUGAUGUGAUAUCUAGCGUAACCAUAAGAAUAAGAGUUUUUUUGUUUUUUUUUUUUAACUUAAAAGUGAUAUUUAUAUAUGAAUAUGCUUGAAAAUAGAUACCUUUAAUAAUGUCAAUGAGAGAAAAGGGAGAAAUGUUUGCUGUUGUUGAUUUGAACUGUUUGCCAAUUUUUAAAGUGCUUGUUAGAAAUAUUUUAAUGCUCAAUACUUUUCUGUCAAAUCUGUAUUUAAAAUCAUCUACAUUACUGAUAGAUUAAAGCUGAUGUAUCUGGUAAGCUGAAAAUUCUAAUUUAAACAGUACAUGUCUUAUAUAGGAAAUUCUAUUGCUGUUUUUAGGUCACCUGGGUCACUCAGAUGACCGUUUACUAUCUGUUUUCAUCCGUCAUUGUGCAACAUGCUUCUUGUGUCAAAAAGUGCUAACAUUUGAAUAUUUUCAGCUUCUUUUCUAGAACUGCCAAACCAAGCACUUCCAAAAUUAUAAAGUUCAUGGCCCCAGGAUUAGGAGUUUUGGUGUAAGUGCAGGGCUCUCUAGAUCAUAUAAUGAAAAUGCAUAAAUUCUUCUUUUUUUUUUAAUUUGCUGAUUGGUAUUUAGUGAACAGAUUUCAUAGUGAUGAAAAGCAAGGGUGCCUCAUCCAAAAUUGAAAUUCAUAGCCCCUGAGUCAGGAUCAGUUUUGGUGUAAGGGCAGGCUAUAUUGAUUAUACAGCAAAACUUGGUUAUAAUGAAGUCACUGGGAUCUGUAAAAUUAUUUCACUAUAUCCAUAAUUUGUUACAUCCAUAUAAGGAAUUCAUAAACUGUUUAUUGCUGGGGAUCCAAAAAAAGUUCACUUUAUCAAUGAAUCUGCAAAGUCCAUGUUCUCUCUAAACAAGGUUCACUGUAUAAUAGUGAAAAUGCAUUAUUUCUUUGCAAAUCUUCUUCUCUCCUUGGGUAUUAGCAAACAUACUAAGUACUUGGUUAUGAUGAGCAAGGGUACCUCUUCCAAAAAUUGUGAAUAUCAUGGCCCCUGGGUCAGGGAUUCUAGUGUUAGGGUGGGGCUCUAAUAAUUAUAUAGUGAAAAUGCAUUAAUUGAAAAUCUUCUCUGCUCUUUAGCAUUUAGGAGGCAAACGGAGUACAAAGUUGUAAUGAGCAAGAGUUUUCUUAUCAGAUUUUUGAAAUUCUGGGACCCCUUUGUCGUGUUCUGGUGCUGGGAAGGGCUCUUAUAGAUCUUAAGGAAAUUUGUACUCUAUUGAGAGAAGUCAUUCCCAUUAAUUAUUCAUGCACCUUUGAUAAUUAAUCAAUGUAAAUGUUGUAAUUGGUAGGUCAGUUGAAUAAAAAAAGUCGUACACAAAUUUUUGUUACAAAAAGUACUUUGUUUUUAAUGGUCAGAUAGACUUGUAAAUAAAAGAUAAAUAAAAAUUAGAAAUACUUUUUUGUACAUUAAAUGUUAAGGAGGGAUUCUUGUCUGGUUUCUGAUUAGAUGAAAUAUUCAAAGUAUAUUUGCUUAUAUGUUUUAAAUAUUUAGAUAUAAGAGAUUUAAAAGAUCAUAUUUUUCUUUCCUCAUCACAAUUGUACAACUUUAAAUAGAAAUGGUAAACUGAGUUUGAAAUCUAGCAGGGACUAUAUUUUUGGCAGAAUGGCGGCGUAUGAAAAUAUCUUCUUUUCUGCCCCUCAAAAUAAUUAUAGAACAAUGAAUUUAGUUAUAAUUUUUACACAAUCAAAGACUUGGAGAAAAAUUUUAAAUGUAAGUUAAAUUAAUAAUAAGGGACUGACUAAAGUUUUAAAAUAUAUCAAAUAAAUAUGAUUUUCCAAACAAACUACAAUUACGUUAGCUUUUAAAAGCCUCCAAUCUAAGUUCAGAUUUGAGUCAAAAAUUCCCUUACCAAAAAUACUGCCUUUCUGCAAACAUUUGCUGCAAGUCUGCAGCAAACAUUGCUGCAAACCUGCUGCAGACAUUGCUGCAAGCUUGCGGCAAUGAAGCUAAAGAAACCAUGACAGC